GAAACGUCCUUGGCUCAGGGAGGGAGGAGAGGAGAGGAAAGAAGAGGGGAGCAAAGGGCUGGCCUCCCCUGAAUCUCCAGCUCCCAAAGGCGGAGGGAGGCUUGUGCUCAUUUGUGUGUGGAGAGGCUGGCAAGAGGGCAAGGGCUGGCUGAUCUUGGACCCUGUUCCCUUGGUGACCCCCAUCCAGUGCCCCCCUUCGCCCAGGCCAGCCUUCCCAAGGGCGAGUUGGAGCCUGGAGUGAUGAGGGGGGAAGGAAGGCCGGGCAGACCACAACACGGGGAAAUCACGGCACUUUGUGACUCUCCCCGGCCAUUAAUGAUCCCCUCUGAGCGCCCUGAGGGUGGGCUUUGGUGACAGGAGAGGAGAGCGGGCGAUGGCCUGCUCCAUCCAGGAAAUGGCAGGCGAGGCAGUUCACAUUUUUCUCCUGCAUGGGGUUCCCAUCAGGAUCAGAGGGAGCCAGGCCUGCUCUGUUAACCCUCUCCUGCCCCUUCCUGGGUGGUGGUGGUGGCGGAGACAGACUUCUGAGUCCACCUCCCACUGGGUGUUUUUCUGGGUGGGGUUCCAGGAUGUGGUUUCUAUGGCAUCCACGUGUUCGGAGGAAGUGUGUGUGCCAUAAAAUAGGCUUCUCCCACCCACCGCCCCAGCCUCCUUCGCCCGCCUGCCCCACUGCCCUUCCUGAUCCCAGUGUCUUGAGCCAGGCAGGAACACCACCACCACCACCACACGUGGCUGGGGAGAUGGGGCAUUUUGGCCGCAGGAGGAUGCAGUGGAGCUGUCGUGAAGGGGGGAUCGUGCCCACCGCCAGCACCCCCUCUCCUUGGCUGAGCUGUCAUUGAGAAUCAGAAAGGCCUUGGAAAAUAAAGCCUUAUGUCUCAGUGGCCCAGCAGAUGGCACCCCCAAGUCCCAGUGGCAGCAGCAACAACAACAGCAACAGCAGCAGCAGCGGACCAGGCGGCGGAGGCGGCGGUGGGGACCAGCUGAGCAAAACAAACCUGUAUAUCCGGGGCCUGCACCCGGGUACCACAGACCAGGACCUUGUCAAGCUGUGUCAACCAUAUGGCAAAAUUGUUUCCACCAAGGCCAUUCUGGACAAAACGACCAACAAAUGCAAAGGCUAUGGCUUUGUAGAUUUUGACAGCCCCACAGCAGCUCAGAAGGCGGUGACAGCACUCAAAGCCAGUGGGGUACAGGCCCAGAUGGCCAAGCAACAGGAACAGGAUCCUACCAACCUCUACCUGUCAAACUUGCCUUUGGGCAUGGAUGAGGCUGAACUGGAGUCGAUGCUGAAGCCAUUUGGACAAGUCAUCUCCACUCGCAUCCUGCGUGAUGCCAGCGGCACCAGCCGGGGAGUGGGCUUUGCCAGGAUGGAGUCUACAGAAAAGUGUGAAGCGAUUAUCACCCACUUUAAUGGCAAAUAUAUCAAAACACCCCCAGGGGUACCAGCACCUCCAGAUCCAUUGCUUUGCAAAUUUGCUGAUGGUGGGCAGAAGAAACGCCAGAAUCAAGGCAAAUAUGUGCAGAAUGGACGAGCCUGGCCACGGGAAAGUGACACGGGCGGGAUGACCUUGACCUAUGAUCCCACGACAGCACUACAGAACGGGUUCUACACAACGCCCUACAGCCUGGCCCCGAACAGGAUGAUUGCCCAGACUGCCCUCUCUCCUUAUCUCCCAUCGCCUGUUUCCUCUUACCAAGUUCACAGCCCGUCCUGGAUGCACCAUCAGUCAUACCUCAUGCAGCCUACGGGGACAGUGCUGACGCCUGCCAUGGAUCAUGCAAUUUCCAUCCAGCCCACUUCCAUGAUGGGGCCCCUCACCCAGCAGCUGGGCCAUCUCUCCCUCAGCAGUGCUGGCACGUAUAUGCCGGCGGCAGCGGCAGCAGCGGCAGCUAUGCAAGGAGCCUACAUCCCCCAGUACACACCGGUGCCUUCCUCUAGUGUCGCAGUUGAGGAGAACAGUGGCCAGCAGAGCCACGUGACAGUGGAGUCCCCAUCGGAUCAUGCUGCCUAUCCGUAUCAGUACAACAAGUAACAACAGUGCCAUCGAGCAGCUCGGCUCUGGGCAAUCACUUCGAGGGAGACAACUUUUUUGUGUUCAUUUGUGUGUUUUUUUUUUUAAAUCGUGCUGCGUUUAGAAGAUGGAAUUGUUUUUGUUUUUGCUUUUUCCCCUCUUUUUUUGACAAGGAAAAUGGUUGUUCUGUUUUGUUUUUUUGUUUUUUAAGAAGGAAAUAACUGCAAUAGACUUUUGACACCGAGGAACCAAAGGAGGUUAGAGGUCGGGGUGGAAAGAAUAUCCCCCAUCCUUUAGAUGUACAGAUGGACUAAGGACUAUUUUAAUACAAGGAAAACAUUUUUUGUGCGUGGGUGUGUGUGCGUGUGCGUGUGUUUGCGCGUUUAUUUUCUGGUUAACAACGAAGUCAAAUGCUUUGGAUGCCACAGAAUCCCCCAGAGAAGAACUGUUUUUUCCCUGCUUUCUUUCCGAAAGAUGGCUCUGGGAGGACAUUUUUGCUCCUUUGGAUUUGUUUUGUUUUUAUUUUCUUUGGUCACUUAAAAAGAUUUUUAAAGGACAAAUAUGCAAAAGUGUUUGAAUAACUUUUUUUGGGUUGUUUUAUAAGAAAAAUAAGGUUGCUCCGAGAAAGCCCCACCUUGCGGCUGUAGGAUAAAAAUCAAUGCAGACUUUUUUUUCCUUCUUUUUUCCCUUGGGGUUGGAGUUGUGGGAGGGAAUUUUGCUUUGAAAGGAUUAUUUUAUUAUUUCAAGAGGGUCAAUUUUUUUUCUAAAAAAGACAAAUUUACAAAAAAACAAAAAAAGGAAAUCUACAAAAAAAUCUACAAAAAAAGAAACCAACAAAAAAAAGUUGAACUUUUUGACGGCAGCGAGAGGGGCUUGCAUAAACCUUGUCAAGUUGGAGGGAGACUAAGCAGUUGGUGGCGUCUGAUGAACGGAAUAUUAUUAUAUUUUUCUUUUGGCAUAAACUUUGCCCCAGCUGAAAAGAGAGAGAAACAGAGUUUGCUUGAGACCUCAUUUUCUGCCCUGUUCUGAUGGGACCGGUUCUCGCUGGAUGCUUUGGACUCGGAUUUGAGCUUCUGCGCGGACUCUUCUUGGCUUCCACAUGGAUCUUCUCCCCAACCUGCCGUGCCCUGGUUCACGAGAACAAUAAACUGACUGAGGAACCUGC